CCUAUUGAAACUUUGUGGUACGAGAUGAAAAAGGUUCUACGACAACAUCCUGCUCGUACAAUCACCGAACUGAGACAAAAACUUCAAGAAAUAUGGAACUGUUUUGCACCAAAUUUUUGCCAAAACUUGGUUAACACUAUGCCCCAAAGAAUUUCAGCCGUAAUAUAAAAUAAAGGUGAUGUUACCCAGUGGUAAUCUUUCAAUUGUUGCUUUGUUAACUUCGCGCAUUUAUUCGCACAUUGUUUAUUUGUUCAGAUGUUCUAUUAUUUGUAGGUCUAAGUGAUUUCAAAUAAGCAUUUUUUACGACUAGAG